AUGAAGAUCAACAGCUUUCUCAUUGCCCUUCUCCCAGCCGUCCUCGCUCUCCCUCUCCCCACAUCAAAUAACGGCACUACAAGCCUCUCGGAAAGUCAGGACCUCCAGGCUAUCACUGACGAGCUCCUUUUUGGCAUCGAGCUGCCCGAAUUCACCGCUCGCAGAAAGGAGAACGACCCUCCUCAGUUAGGCUGGUACGAUGACGGCUGCACAAUGGCUCCCAAGCAAUCCGUUUGGAUUACCAUUCCAGCGGUCUCUACCAUCAGUGCGAAUUAG